AUGGCUGAGGGCCUCCCGGACAGCUCCAGCAGCUUGCAGAGGAAGAAGCCUCCUUGGCUGAAACUGGACAUUCCAGUGGCCCCGCUCUUGGCUGCAGCAGAGGAACCAGCCUCACUCCAGCCCUUGAGGCGCCAGGCCUUCUUCCGAAGUGUCAGCAUGCCUGCGGAGAACAGCCUCUUUCCUGCUGCCUACAGCGAGGCACGGCGGCCUGUCCUGCAGCGACAGACGUCCAUCACCCAGACCAUCCGGAGGAGCACAGCAGACUGGUUUGGGGUCAGCAAGGGGAGCGAUGCCCCUCAGAAGUGGCAACGGAAGAGCUUGCGCCACUGCAGCCUGCGCUACGGAAAGCUGAAGCCACAGGCCCUCCGCGAAAUGGACCUUCCGAGCCAGGACAACAUAUCUCUGGCCAGCACGGAGACCCCCCCGCCACUCUAUCUGCCCCCUUGCCCGCCUGGCAUGCAGAGAAUAAUCGACCCCCUGGCCCGUGGACGGGCCUUCCGAGUGGCCGAGGAUUGCGAUGGCUGCAGCGUGCCCCCCACCCCAGCCACGCCUGGAGCAGCCUCACUGUGCUCCUUCACCAGCUCACGCUCUGGCUUCGGUCGCUGGCCUCGGCGGCGGAAGAGGGAGUCAGUGGCUAAGAUGAGCUUCAGAGCAGCAGCAGCGCUAGUGAAGGGCCGUUCUGUGAGAGAUGGCACCCUGCGCAGGACGCGACAGCGCAGCUUCACUCCGGCCAGCUUCCUGGAGGAAGACUUCACCGUGGAGUUCCCAGAUGAGCUGGACACCUCCUUCUUUGCCAGGGAAGGGCUCCUGCCAGAAGAGCCGUCCAUAUAUCCUGAUGAGGUUUUUGAGACCCCCUCUGAAGCAGCCCUCAGGGUCCCUGAGGCGAAGAUGCUGCAGGUUCAGCCAGCCCUCACAGGGGGGGCUCUGGACCGGAACGAGCUAGAGAGAAGCCACCUGCUCUUCCCCCUGGAGCGUGGCUGGCGGAAACAGAAAGAGGGGGCUUCAGUGCAACCAAAGGUCCGUCUGCGGCAAGAGGUGGUCAGCUUAGGCCUCCAGCGGCGUGGCCAGCGCAUCACCGUUCCUGUCCGCAAACUCUUUUCCAAAGAGAAGCGUCCCUACGGCUUAGGCAUGGUGGGCCGGCUGACCAACCGGACGUACCGCAAGCGCAUCGAUAGCUUUGUGAAGCAGCAGAUUGAGGACAUGGAUGACCACCGGCCGUUCUUCACCUACUGGGUCACCUUCGUGCAUUCACUCAUCACCAUCCUGGCCGUCUCCAUCUACGGGAUUGCUCCUGUGGGGUUUUCGCAGCACGAGACAGUGGACUCGGUCCUGAGAAAUCGGGGGAUAUAUGAGAACGUGAAAUACGUCCAGCAAGAGAAUUUCUGGAUAGGGCCCAGCUCGGAAGCUCUCAUCCAUCUGGGAGCAAAGUUCGCCCCUUGCAUGCGACAGGACCAGCAGGUGCACAGUUUCAUCCACGCAGCCCGUGAGAAAGAGAAGCACUCCGCCUGCUGUGUGCGCAACGACAAGUCAGGAUGUGUGCAGACGGCUGAGGAGGAGUGUUCCUCCACUUUGGCCGUGUGGGUGAAGUGGCCAAGUCACCCGAGCACUCCUUUGCUGGCAGGGGGCAGGAGGAAGUUUGGCUCUGUGUGUCACCAAGACCCCAGGGUGUGUGAGCAGCCAGCAUCCAUGGACCCUCAUGAGUGGCCUGAUGACAUCACCAAAUGGCCUAUCUGUACCAACAACAGUGCUGGGAACCACACCAACCACUUGCACAUGGACUGUGUGAUCACCGGGCGGCCCUGCUGUAUUGGCAUCAAGGGAAGGUGUGAGAUCACCUCACGGGAAUACUGCACCUUCAUGCAUGGUUACUUCCAUGAAGAGGCCACACUUUGCUCCCAGGUGCACUGCAUGGAUGACAUCUGUGGCCUCCUCCCCUUCCUCAACCCCGAGGUGCCAGAUCAGGUCUACCGCCUGUGGCUGUCGCUGUUCCUUCAUGCAGGGAUCCUGCACUGCCUUGUGUCUGUAUGCUUCCAGAUGACCAUCUUGCGUGACUUGGAGAAGCUGGCUGGCUGGCACCGCAUUUCCCUGAUCUACUUAUUUAGCGGCAUCACAGGGAACCUGGCCAGCGCUGUUUUCCUCCCCUACCGGGCUGAGGUUGGCCCAGCAGGCUCCCAGUUUGGCAUCUUGGCCUGCCUCUUUGUGGAGCUUUUCCAGAGUUGGCAGAUCCUGGCUCGACCCUGGAGGGCCUUCUUCAAACUACUGGUGAUCGUGCUGUUCCUGUUUGCCUUCGGCCUCCUUCCCUGGAUAGAUAACUUUGCUCACAUCUGUGGCUUUAUCAGUGGCCUCUUCCUGUCCUUCGCCUUCCUCCCAUACAUCAGCUUUGGCAAAUUGGACCUGUACCGAAAGCGGUGUCAGAUCAUUAUCUUCCAGUUGGUCUUCGUGGGGCUCCUCUCCGGACUGGUGGUGCUGUUUUACUUCUACCCCAUUCGCUGCCAGUGGUGUGAGGUCCUCACCUGCCUUCCCUUCACUGACAAUUUCUGCGAGAAAUAUGGCCUGGAUGCCCAGCUCCACUGAGCGUGCAGGGGCACCGUCAUUGGCUGCCUUGGGCAAAGCUGGCCUGGUGCUACUUGCCAGACUGCCAGCCAACUUAAAAUUCCGUUCAUCCCUGUGCUGCCUUAUCUUGGAGACUGGAACUUUUUCAGCACACAGAAAGUUGGUGCCUUGUUCAAUUUUACUGAACCUUUUUUGUUGCCACAUUUUUAUUAUGCUAGUUUCACAGUGACCCUUUUCAUGAGAUUUGUUGUUACCCUGGUGGUGAUUAAAAAUGAAGGUAGCGUUUUAGCUACAUUUCCAU